AGGUGUUUGUUUUGCUUUAAAAUUUGUGACUCUUUAUGAUCCGGAUCAGUACAAACUUGUAUAAUCUUUGAUCACUUUAUUUCAAAAACUGGGUUAAGACAAUUUAAUGUUCUUAGCUUUGAGAAUUAAUUACGCAAGAAACUAUUAAACCUCAGGACGGGGACUAAUAUUUGACACAUAGUGUUUUAUUCGAUGAGAUUUUUGAAGUGAACAGAUAUUUGUGUUUAUAUUGUUUUAAAUUUAAUGUACAGUGUUAAUGUGGGAAAAAUAUAAUUAAUCUUUGUUAUGUAUUCUAAUUAUAGAGUAUAAAGCAGGUGAUUUGCGACCUCACGAUGAUUAGCUCUGUACUUUGUGGAAAAAAAAACAAAGUUGUUUUGGUGGAAGGGUGAUUAAUACAUUGCGUAAAUCUUAUUACGCUGGUUCUAUUGAAUUUCAACAUUGGAUUAAGAACGCGUGGAUUAAUAGCGAGGGAUUAAUAUUUCGAACAAGGUCGUCGGGUUUUCUAACAGGUUUUAUAAUAGUGUUAUUGGAACCAUUGUAAAGAAAGCUUUAAUAUUUAUUAGCCAACUUGUGCAACUUACGGUUUAAAUAUAAAUUGCAGGAGAAGGAAUAUAAAAUUUUAUGAGCAUUUAUGUGAAAUUUGGUGUAUAAUAUUUCAUAUUUAUGUGUAAAUGUUUAUAAAUAUAUUUGGAUAUAACAAGUGGAUGUAAAAAUCGAAAGAGUGUGAAAUGUUAUAAACCUUUAAUAUACACAAGGUGCAUUUGGUAGAUACUGAGAAUGAAACCAUGGUUGUUUCCGAUUGGUCAAAUGUCUCUAUUCUGGAUUUUGAUUGGUUGUUUAGUUUCACUGUGCACGGUACAGGCUGAAGGAGGAGUUGGUGAAUAUGGCUCAGCAUGUAAUGUCACCAGUGACUGUCAAGUGGGGUAUAACUUUGUCUGUUUAUACAAAAAGUGUGCCUGUAGUAGCUCCUACUUCUACAACCAAGGUCUAUGUAAGAAAAUCUGCCGUGGAUCAUCUGAAGGCUUGGUAAGGCAUGGAGACUUUGAUCACCAGUAUGCACAAUAUAAAAACCGCUACACAAAUUGCUCAUACGUGGAUGGAAAUCUUGAAAUAACCAGUCUCGAGAAAAACUACGACCUUGGCUUUCUUAAAGAUAUUGAGGAAAUUGACGGGUAUCUUCUGGUCGUGAAUGUGUAUUCGAACUAUCUUAAUCUUACGAAAUUGAGAAUCAUUCGUGGUAAAGAGUUGUAUCACUCCAAAGAUGAUGAAUAUAGCAUGUACAUUGCCUUGAACCAUAAUCCGAAAAAUUUAUCGGAAGGUUUGUUGGAACUACAACUCAAGAGUCUGAUGGAAAUUGUUCAAGGUCGAGUGUACUUUCAGAACAACAACCUGCUAUGCUACCUGAACACAAUUAAAUGGGAUGAUAUUAAUCCAAACACAAAGCCGCCCACCAAAUAUAUGUACGACUCCCUAGGUUACAAGCGGACAUGUCCACCAUGUCCAGCAAGUUGUUAUAACCCAGACACCACACACUCACAUUGUUGGGGAAGCUCGAAUGAUAUGUGCCAAAAAGUGAAUUACAUCAAGGAAGUAUGCAGCCAGUCAUGUGAUGGUCGAUGUUUUGGAAAAGACCAGAACCAGUGUUGUCAUACAGAAUGUGCAGCUGGUUGCAGCGGGCCUCGCAAAAUUGACUGUCUGGCUUGCAAGAAUUUUUACAAUGAUGGAGAAUGUCAUCCAUUUUGCCCACAAAUGAAACUUUAUGAUCAGCGACAAUUAAAAUGGGUAGAGAAUCCGAAUGGAAAAUAUUCAUUUGGUUCACUCUGUGUCAAGGACUGUCCAAAUUAUUUGGUGAAGGAUGGGGAUGCCUGUGUGAUCAAAUGCCCUGAAGGAAAAAAUGCGAACAAAUUAACAAAUGUCUGCGAAGAUUGUGAUGGGCCGUGUCCAAAAAAAUGUGAAGGAGUGCCAGAAUCCGAGUUUCUACACAGUAAGAACAUAGAAAACUUCAGGGGCUGCACAGUGGUUGAAGGAAACUUGAAGAUUCUAAAAGUUUCUUUUGUUGGGGAUAGCCAUCAAGGUACAGAAGGGAUAAAGGUUGAAGAUCUACAAAUACUGAAGGACAUUAAGGUGAUAACAGGCUUCCUGGCUAUACAAGAGGCCCCACCAGAGGUUAAAGAUCUCUCCUUUCUUUCAGGCCUUGAGACAAUCUAUGGACGUUACCUAUCGAUGGGACUCGGAAUUUCGUUAUUAAGCUUGGACGUGGAAUGGCUGGGGCUCACGUCUUUGAAAAAGGUUUGGAACGGCGACGUAGCUCUCGCCUGGAAUAACCAUCUCUGUUAUAUUGAGGACUUAGAUUUAAGCCCUAUUUUAGCAUUCCCCACCCAGCAGUUAAAGCUGAAAGACAAUAAGGAGAAAGCCGAGUGUGAUGCCAUGGGUCUUAAAUGUCAUUCCGAAUGCUCGGAUCAUGGAUGCUGGGGUCCAGGACCAGACAAAUGCCUUAAGUGUAAAGCAGCUCGCAUGGCUGUAAAUAAUACAUGCUUGGCAACCUGUGAUGAUGUACCCAUGCUUUACCAAGCAGAAAAUAACACAUGUAAACAAUGUCAUAUCCAAUGUGCCGGUGGUUGCUCUGGUCCGGGUCCGGACCAAUGCUUUGACUGUAAGAAAGUAAAAGUUCUUGGGCAGAACAACACAUUUGAAUGUAUGACAGAAUGUCCGUUAUCUGUCGGACAACCAUACUUAUAUCCUGAUGAGAACCGUAUAUGUCGCCAGUGUGAUCCAUCGUGUGACAAGGGAUGUACUGGACCUUCGUCAGCUGUAAAACUAGGAGGAUGCAAUACAUGUGUGUUGGCGGUGAAUAAAACUCUGGAGAAUGACACUGUUCGGUGUCUACCUCAAGAUCAAGAAUACUGUCCUCGAGGGUUCUAUGAAAAGCAAUAUCGAUCUGAUGUAGACCAUCCUCUUAAUAAAAAAAGGGUAUGUCAACCAUGUAACCAUCUAUGCUUGGAAUGUAAUGGACCAGGGAAUGCAAACUGUCCUAGAUGCAGAUAUUACAAAUACACCAGCCAAUAUUCCUCAUGUCUAAAGGAAUGUCCCGAGUAUACAUAUCCAUACCAGUAUCAAUGUCUUCCAUGUAGUAAUCAGUGUUUGGGUGGUUGCCAUGGUGCCGAAUCACUAGAUUGUAAUAACUGCCUCAAUUUCAAGGUCUUUGUUGAUGAGGAAGCGGAAAAGUUUUCCUGUGUAGAAAAGUGUCCUGAUGACCUCCCCCAUUUAGUAGAAGAUAAAGAUCCAGACAAACCAACAAUGACGGUCUGUGCCUCAGAUGACCAUCCAGCAGUCAAAGCAAGAGAUGCAAAAAGAAAAGAUGAAGAGAGAAAGAGAAUUUUAACUAUUGCAAUACCUGUCUGUGCUGGAGUUAUCAUCCUGGGAAUUCUUCUUGCGUUGUUUGGUUACUAUUGGAGACAGAGAGAACGUGCAAAAGAGAACACUUUAAAACUAACAGCCAAGAUGACAGGAGUUGUUGAUACAGAGCCACUCACACCUACUGAUGCUAAACCAGAUUUGUCAAAGUUGAGACUUAUAAGAGAGUCGGAGCUAAGACGUGGUGGAAUCAUUGGAUCAGGGGCCUUCGGCACAGUGUACAAGGGAUUUUGGAUACCAGACGGAGAAAAUGUUAAAAUACCAGUUGCUAUAAAAGUUUUACAAGAGGGUACAUCACCUAACCAGAAUCAAGAAUUGCUGGAAGAGGCGCGUGUCAUGGCAUCAGUCGAACAUCCAUGUUGUAUCAGGAUCCUUGCUGUCUGUAUGGCAUCACAAAUGAUGUUGAUUACACAGUUAAUGCCCCUUGGUUGCCUCUUGGACUACAUCAGAAAACACAAGGAUAACACCGGAUCUAAAUCCUUGCUGAACUGGUGCACACAGAUUGCUAGGGGUAUGGGAUAUCUAGAAGAAAGAGGUAUCGUUCAUAGAGAUCUGGCUGCAAGAAAUGUCCUUGUUCAAAGUGCUGGACAAGUAAAGAUCACAGAUUUUGGUCUUGCCAAGCUUCUAGACUACAAUGAGGAGGAAUAUCAUGCCUCUGGUGGAAAGAUGCCUAUUAAAUGGUUAGCCCUAGAAUGUAUACAAAGCAGGAUUUUCACACAUAAAUCAGAUGUAUGGAGUUAUGGUGUUACAGCUUGGGAGUUAUUUACAUACGGCGCAAGACCAUACGAGAAUGUACGAGCUCGCGAUGUACCGGACCUUUUAGAGAAAGGAGAACGAUUACCUCAACCAGCUAUCUGUACCAUUGAUGUAUAUAUGAUCAUGAUCAAAUGUUGGAUGUUGGAUGCUGAAAGUAGGCCUUCAUUUUCUGAGUUAGCUGAAGAAUUUGCAAAAAUGGCACGUGAUCCCGGACGUUAUCUGGUGAUACAGGGCGAUGAGUUGAAGAAAAUUCCCUCAGAAGAGGUUUUAGAUGAAAUAAAAGUUGAAACAGUGACGGACAGCAUAGAGGAGGGAGAUAAGUUAAUGAGACUACCUAGUUAUUCAUAUGAUAAAGAUGACCUCGCCCGACACCUCAGUGUGGCAGCAGAAGGACCGGAGGAGGUGAUUGAGGCAGACGAAUAUUUACAGCCAGCACCUCCCGUACCCAUGCCGGUAGAAAAUAAUAACUUUAAGGUACCACAUUUUUCUGGGGCAUCAAAUAAAGAACCCCCACAACUGAUCCGUGAAAAGCGAUAUGGCCAUCUUGAAUCUGCGUCUGCUGCAAAACAACAAAGAGAUCUGUUGCCUAGCAACCGUUUGCGUGGAGAUAGCAUCAAUGGAAGAUACAGUUCCGACCCUGUAAAAUAUACAAGAAGUAGAGAUGAGAUGGAUGGUAGAGUUUUGUUUCAUUAUCCUCACAUGGGUAAUGGUAACAUACCACAAAAUUAUAGAGGUCCCAAACCUGUGAGCCCGCCAGCGGUGAUGCAACUACCACUAGAUGAAGACGACUAUCUUCAACCCAAAUCUGCAAACCCUAAAGCUUAUUUGGACUUGGAAAAUAGUAAAGAUUAUUAUAUAAAUGAAAAACAAAUGUCCGUUGAGGACCCUACAGACAAUUAUUUAAUACCAAAUCCGCCCCCACCGUUUGUUGAAAAUCCGGAAUAUUUCGAAGGGGAACCAAGUGUUUUUGCACGGACUGCUGGUCCUAAACGAGACCUUAGUGUUAAACCUAAAAUCGCACCAAAACCAAAACGAUUAACUGACUAUUAUAAUGAUAUUUCUAUGGGUAGCCCGACAGAAAAUCGGCAAAACGAGGUACGACCACUCUUAUCAACGUCAUCAAUUUGCUCAAACGGAGAAUCUGCAGUGUAGUGAUAAAUUUAGGUGGUUUUUUAAAAACAAUUUUGUGAUAGUCAAAACUCAUGGAUAGAUCCAAGAACAUUUUU